AGGGAGUUAUAUGUCUACCAGUGGGAAGAUUUUACCUUUGAUAAGAGAUGAAAAAUAAAGAAAAAAUGCUUUCAUAGGUCAGAAAUCGGCAGCGUUACAUCAAAAAGGCUUUUAUGGUUACAUUUUUAUAUGGAAGAUAAAAGAGCUGCUAAAGUAGAAAAUGGGAGACUGGAACUUCCUUGGUGGGAUCUUGGAGGAGGUGCAUAUCCACUCCACCAUGGUUGGCAAGAUCUGGCUGACCAUCCUGUUCAUAUUCCGAAUGCUGGUCCUGGGCGUCGCCGCAGAAGACGUUUGGAAUGACGAGCAGUCCGACUUCAUCUGCAACACCGAGCAGCCGGGGUGCCGGAAUGUAUGCUAUGACCAGGCCUUCCCUAUUUCCCUCAUCCGCUACUGGGUGCUCCAGGUGAUAUUUGUGUCCUCGCCCUCCCUGGUGUACAUGGGUCAUGCCAUCUACCAGCUGCGGGCUCUGGAGAAGGAACGCCACUGCAAGAAAGUGGCUCUCCGGCGGGAGCUGGAGGCGGUGGAUGCAGAGCUGACAGAGGUGAAGAAGAGGAUUGAAAAGGAGAUGAGGCAGCUGGAGCAGGGGAAGCUCAACAAAGCACCACUGAGGGGCUCUCUGCUGUGCACCUACGUGGCCCACAUUGUUACGCGCUCAGUGGUGGAGGUCAGCUUUAUGACGGUUCAAUACAUCCUGUAUGGAAACCGCCUGAGCACCAUUUACAAGUGCGAGAGGGAGCCGUGUCCUAACGUGGUGGACUGCUUCGUCUCGAGACCAACAGAGAAAACUGUUUUCAUGAUGUUCAUGCAAGCUAUCGCCUGCAUCUCUCUCUUCCUCAGUCUGCUGGAGAUCAUGCACCUUGGCUUCAAGAGGAUUAAGAAGGGCAUUCUGGACUACUACCCACACCUGAAGGAUGACCUGGACGAUUAUUAUGUCAGCAAGUCGAAAAAGGACUCAGUGAUGCAUCAGGUUUGCAUGGGAACGACUGUGGGACGCAAGAGUACGAUUCCCACAGCACCAAGCGGGUACACGUUACUGCUGGAGAAACAGGGCAACGGACCCAACUACCCUCUCCUCAACGCCUCCUCCGCCUUCGUCCCAAUUCAAGGGGACCCUGGUGGAAAGCCGGACAGUCAAAAGGAGGGCAAGGAAGGAGUCCCGAGUCCCACGGAGCACAACAACAACUCCAACAAUACCAGCAGUGAGACGCGGUCCCCUCCUUCAGACAAACAGGAGCAACGAGAAGAUCAAUCCCUACCACAUCACGAGGACCUGGAGCGUGCAAGAUCUGAGUACCCCACCCUGCCUGUUUCAGAUGCCUCCUGCAGCACAGCGCUGUCAGGCUUCACGAGGAAGACACGAAGGAUCACCCCACCGUGGAACUGCUCCACAGUCGUGGAGGGAAAUGGCUCAGACAGCGGAGACUCCUACAACGGGAACAACAGCAUGAAGCUACGAAGCGGCGGCGGCCCCAGAGCAAGGAUCCUCUCCAAGUCAGACAUUAAGAGACAGAGCAGACCCCAGAGCCCGGACUCUGCAGGGGAGCUGAGCUCUAUAUCUCGACACAGCCGGGAGAGCAAUAGUCCCGCCGCCUCCCCACCAAACCGGCGAGUGUCAGCUGCCAGCAGCGCCAGCAGCAGACGAGCCCCGACUGAUUUACAGAUAUGAGGACUGCUUAGAAGAAGCCAUUAAAACACGAUUACUGCACCUUUUUCACAGUUUAGACUUCUUUAAAAGACAAUCACAAAAAGCCUGCAGAGAUUAUGCUUGUGCCAGACAUUCUCCAGUCUUAGAAAGAGCAUAUGACAAACAAGCAGUCUAACAUCUACUCUUCCUUUUAGAGGGAUUCAUACUAGGAUGCACAGCCUUGUUUUCUCAGAUUUCCAGGUCAGUUUCAGGCUAUCAGAAUGAGCUUCAACCCUCAAACAAUCAAGCUAUAAAGCUAUGUUAGCAGCUGACAUGACUGAGUGGGGCCUCAUGAUGUUUGAUGAUAAGUCGAUUUAUGAGUUAUUCUGAAAUGUUUUAAUGGUCAAAUGAAGGCUGAAGGGUCACACACGCUGAACUGUUUAACUGAAACAUGCACCUAGCACUGAAUUAUUGCUAAACUUAGCUAUCACAGAUAAGAAUGGGUCCUUGUCUCAGAAACCAACUUAAGAAAAUGCCGACUUUUAUGUUUGUGUGGUGCACUGUGCGCUAAACACAUCUGCUCAAAUGCUUUAUUAACCUUUCAUUUUUUCAUAUUUACAAUUAAAAUAAAGGCUUGCAGGUAAUUCACAGACAGUAUAAAAGAUGGGCAGGGAACUGUAGCAUCCUCAGUGGCUAACAAGCUAUCAAGUGGUAAGCCAAUGAGCAUUUCCUGGAUAAUCCUUCUUCCUUAGAAUAUCCAUUUACUUCC